AUGGGUGAUGCUCGAGGUAGAAAUGGUGCGGGAGAUGGCAAAGUGCUUAAUAUAGCCGUCGCUGGGUUAGGGCGCAUGGGCAAACGCCAUGCAUUUGUGUUGUUGAAUCGUGUGUUACGGGCCAACGUAGUGGCAGUAUGUAGCACUGCGAAGCACGAGACGGAGUGGGCGCGCAAGAAUCCCGACUUCACCGACUUCAACGUAUCAGUCUAUGAUAGCUAUGAGGAGAUGUUGAACCAUCCUGGCCUGCAGGCGGUCUGGAUCUCCACCAGCACAGACGUCCACGCGGACCAAACCAUCAAGGCCGUCAAGAAAGGCUUGCACGUUCUGUGUGAGAAGCCGUUGAGCACCAACCUUGACGAGGUCACUGCAGCAAUCGAAGCAGCCAAAUCUCGCCCGGACCUGAAAGUGAUGGCCGGCUUCUCCCGGCGCUUUGACGCUUCAUACCGUGAUGCCUUCCAAAAAGUCAAGUCCGAAUCCAUCGGCGAACCCUUCUUGGUCCGCAGCAACACCUGCGAUUUGCUCGACGACACCGGGUUCUUCGUCCAGUAUGCAAAGCGCAAUGGUGGCAUCUUCGUCGACUGCACCAUCCAUGACAUCGACCUGGCGCUGUGGUUCUUGGGUAACCCCACGCCCAAGUCGGCCUAUGCCGUUGGCACGUUGAAGCACCACCCCGAGCUUGCCGAGUCCCAGGAUGUGGACAACGGCGUGGGCAUUGUUGAAUUCCAUGGCGGCAAAAUCGCUUAUUUCUACGCCAGCCGCACUCAAUCACACGGCCAUGAUGUCUGCACCGAGGUCACUGGUACCCAUGGCAAGGUCAUGGUCAACGUUAUCCCCAAGGCCAACAAUGUUGUGCUGGCCGACAAGUCUGGCAUGCGCCACGAGGUCCAGCCCGAGUACUGGCAGCGGUUUGAAGAAGCCUUCGUCACGGAAGCCACCGAGUUCGUCGAUAGUGUGCUCCAUGACAAGCCGGUCCCAUUGCCGCUGGAGUCUGGAUACGCUGUCAUGAAGAUCGGCCGGGCCUUGCAGGAGAGUCUGAUCACGGGACGCUUGGUUAGAUUCGACGAGCAGGGAAAUCGGAUCAAUGAAUAA